CCUGGCUCACAUGACUCAGGACAUUCCUUCCUCAUAUCGACGACAUGAAAGCCGUAGUCCACAAUACAACGGCGAGACUUCUGCUACCUGCUCCAAAUACAGGGCAAUGAAUUCAGAGUAUUGAAUAAAUCAGGCUGGAGAUAGAAUAUCACAAAGACCUAAGGAACGUCUCCAGUCAGAGGUGCAAAACGGAAGAUCUGAUCACCACGAAGAGUGUGCGUUCAUUUCGCGCUGGCAAACCUGCGCUCGAAACUCUAGUCUACUCCGUUAUUGUGUUGCGUAUCAUUUUGUGAUAGCACUGGACUUGGGAAAAUGGCCAACAAAUAUUCUUCUGUCGGAGUGGCUGUAUAUUUGGCUAUUCUAGGUUGCCUUACCUUGGCACAAGCUGUCACCCUGGAGGUGAAGCAAGGGAACUCAACCUGCAUUAAAGCUGAACUCUCCGCCCUUCUUAGCAUCCCAUAUGACACUGUCAACGGCACGAACACGGCACAGGUCUCACUCCCUGACUCGACGACGGUUGACGUCAGCGCCAGCUCGUGUGGAGAGGACGGCAGCGCCCCCUGGCUGGUGGGGGUUUUCGGCCCGGGUCACGCCCUGGGCCUGGGCUUCUCCACCAAUGGCAGCUUGUACAGCGUGGCCAACCUGUCUCUGCAGUACAACCUGAGCGAUACCUCUGUCUUCCCAUUGGCCAACAGCUCGGAUGUGGUCACCUUGAUGAUGUCAUCGGUGGGGAUCUUGGCUCAGGUCAACACAACCUACAGAUGCCUCACGGCCACGCCCGUCCCUGUGGGUGGAGCCACAGUGACCUUCUCUGGGAUGAAGCUGGAGGCCUACAUGCCUGGAGACGACCUCAGCCCCAACGAGAGUGUGUGUACGGCUGAUCAGAGCGCCACCACCACGGCCCCCCCACCCGCCACCACAUCUGCUCCCGCCCCCACUCCUCCCGGAACGCCUGACCGGGGUGACUAUGCCGUAACCAAUGAUAACAACACUGUGUGCCUGCUGGCACGCAUGGCACUGCAGCUCAACGUUACCUAUGUGUCAUCGUCCCAGAACAAGACCGUCCAGGCUCUCUUCAACCUGCAGCCCAAUCAGACAAGCAGCUCGGGGUCAUGUGGCCCCACCAGCGCCACCUUGGUGUUGAUGCAGGAGCAGACCACCAACCUCAGCUUCACCUUCACACUGAACACCACGUCUAAGAGGUACCACCUGAGUGGCCUGAGUUUGUCUGCAGCCUGGCCUGACAUGGAGACUCCGAUGUCAGCCAGUAACAGUACCCUGACUUACCUGCCGGGGACGCUGGGGAUGUCCUACAUGUGCAGUGCUGAGCAGGUUCUGGAGGUGACCACGGCUCUCUCUCUGAACACCUUCAAGCUGCAGGUCCAGCCCUUCGGCCUCUCCGGAGACCAGUUUGCAACCGCGGAGGAGUGCCAGGUGGACCAGGACAACAUGCUGAUCCCCAUCAUUGUUGGAGCAGCUCUGGCUGGUCUGGUGCUCAUCGUUCUCGUGGCGUACCUCAUCGGUAGGAAGAGGAGUCAUGCUGGAUACCAGACGAUUUAAAACCCGCACACACACACAAUUACCUGUGGCCCAUGGACCGCUGGAAUUUCCCCCGAGCACUGCGACUCUUGACUGCUGACUGACCGGACGAUCCUUGAAUCAAUCCCGCUGUGUUUAUUUGGUGUGCCUGUUUGUGUGAGUGGUUUUGUGUGCAUGUGUGGUAAUGCAUGUGGCUGUUUUAUGUGAGUGUGUAAGUAUGUUUUGGUGUAUUUGUUUUGGUUUCCUUUCAGUCUUAGUACACAAAUCAGAUUAAUACAGAGAACUCCAUACUUGCUCCUAAUCAACUAGUGUCUCUUCCUUUGAUGGGCUGUAUGUGUGUCAUCUGCAGUGGCUAGUACAGCAUCCUCAUUGUAGCUCUGACUGGUUCUUACCCAAGCUUGGGUGGAUUUGAGCUUUCAUGGAAUUGAAUGAUUUUUUUUUAAUUGUGUAUUUUUGUGUAAAUAAAAGUAAAUUUGACCUGG